CUUGUUACACCUGCAUUAGCCCUUUAUCUUUUCGAUUACUCCUCUUUCUCACAACUUAGUGUCAACUUUAUCGCUCACAAGUUGUUCCUUCUACGUUCGGCACAUCUCAACAUUAUUCCUUACGUUACAGAAUCAUGAAGUUUUGCCUGCCAUGAGCUAUCCCGGUGCUGCUCCGCCUCCUGAAGGCGUCAUCCCUGACCUUGCUCACCCGCAAGAUGUCCUGAGGACGGUGAAUUAUGUCACCCAAGCGUUGACAAUCUUCUUUGUCACCAUCUUCGUUGCCAUACGAUACUAUGCGAAAUCUAGAGUGCUUGGAGGCGGCUUUACAUCAGAUGACUAUGCAACUUACUCGGCUUAUGUGCUUAUGAUAGGGUACUGCAUCACUGCAUGCUUUGCCGGUUCACAUGGUGGAGGUCUGAAUAUAUGGGACGUGUCAAAGGAAGAGGUUGAGAAAUACUUCAAGUCUUGCUAUGCUGCCACCAUCUUCUACGCUCCGAUGGCCAUGACCGUCAAGCUGGCCCUGCUCAUCAUCAUCAUUCGAGUCUUUGGAUCGGUCCACCGGCGAACCCUCAUCGGAAUCUACAUCUUCAUCGGCAUGAUUGUCGCAUACUAUGUCUCCGGCUUCUUCAUCAAAAUCUUCAUAUGUUGGCCAAUUUCUGCGUAUUGGACAGGGGACGCCAGCAAAUGCAUGAACCAGAGCGCUAUUGUCACGGCCGACUCCAUCAUCAGCGUCAUCAGCGACUUGGCCAUCCUGCUGCUGCCGACGCCCCUUACCUGGUCGCUACAACUGCCUCGACGAAAACGCCUCCGUGUUGCGGGACUCCUAUGUGCCGGAGGAGUUGCUACGGCGUUUAGCAUCUAUCGAUUGGCCAUGAUUGUUGACGAGCGCAACUCCCCCAACAUGACCAUGGUUUUUAUCAAGGUCAUUCUGUCAGGCAACGCUGAAGCUGGCAUUGGCCUGAUAUGUGCCUGUCUUCCGGCCGUCAGCGCCCUCUACGUCCAACGCACGCGCGGUUCCUCAUACUUCAAAAAUCCCGGCCACUCUAGCAUCACCGGCCGCGGCGAAAUCAUGCUGACACGAUCAUACCAUGUCGACAGAUCGGCCGUGGACAAGGAUGUCGACGAGAGUGCCCUCGAGCUGGGCCACGACGAGGCGGGCCUGGUGUCCAAUAUGGGAGCCCAAGUCAAGGCGAAUGCCCCAGAGAGCCACUACUCUAACCGAUCCGAGGAGACGCUUUGAUUCCCUUUGUCUUUUGUCUUCUUCCGCCGCACCAUUAAGAGUUUGGGCGACCAUUUCUUUUUUUUACAUUUAAUUCCAAGAUUUUCAUGUUGAUAUGAACACACACACACAAGGGCAGGGAUGUAGAACGAAACAGGGCAUAUAAAUUCUUGUUUUUGGGAGGGAAUCUUUACAUAUACCAGUCUUUUCGUAAGGCAAGCACAUUUCGUUUAAUACUAUUAGAUGGAUCAUACAUGC